CGCGCGCGAAUUCAGUCGUACGCCGCCAUUACAUCGUAACUGUCACUUUCGCUUUUAUUUCCGAACGUUUUCGGUGUGUUAGUUAUCUGUGAGACAAAAUAUAAAAAUGAAGAAUUCGAUUAUUAUUUUCGCUUCAAUAACAACAUUGGCGAUAGGAGAAAAUUUAUUGCCGGAAGAUUUCACCAGAUGUCGCCAGAAGGACGCCAAGCUAAAUGACUGCCUUAAGGGAGCCGUGCCCGAUGCCCUCCGAAGAAUGACUAAAGGUAUUCCAGCGCUAUCAGUGCCGCCACUGGAGCCAUUAUUGGUGUCCGGUAUGAACAUUGAGACGGGCGCGGGGCCGGUCGUCAUCAGCCAGGUCUACCACAACAUACAGUUGCACGGACUUACGGACUCCCGUCUUACGUCAUACAAGGCAGAUCUCAAGCAUUACAGAUUGAGGACAGAUUCAAUAACACCUAAGAUGGAUUUCAUCGCCGAUUAUGUGAUGAAGGGAAGAAUAUUAGUCCUUCCUAUCCAGGGUAAAGGAGUUGCAAACAUAACCAUGGUUAAUUUGGUUGUAAAACAUGAUUUGAUCGGUGAACCUGUAAUAAAGGACGGUGAAACUUACAUGCACAUAAAAGACUACAAGGUCAAAUUCAUUCCUGAGAGGGUUAUCCUGCAUUUCUCCAAUUUAUUUAACGGCGACAAGGCUUUGGGAGACAACAUGAAUAAAUUCCUUAAUCAAAACUCCGACCUAGUUUUCAACGAAUUGAAGGAAUCAUAUGAAAAAAGUCUUAGUUCGGUAUUUCAAGAUGUCACGAAUAAAAUAUUCGACAAAGUUCCAAUGAAUAAGAUCUUCCCAGAGGAAUAAAUUUAGCUGUGAU